CUAAUUUUUAUUUGUAUUUAAAUACUAUAGGCCAUAUACUAUAUAUUAUAUAAGUAAUAAUAAUUAUACCAGAUAAUUACAAAACAAUCUUUAAAAAAAAGUUAAUAUCAAUAACUCUUUUUAUGACUUAUUUAUUCAUGACAUUCUUAACAUUUAAUUUUAUACUAUUCUCAACAAAAUUAUUUCUUUAAUUUAAAAAAAAAACUAUUAUUUAAGCUUUUUAUGUACCUAACGCAAAGCCUUCAAUAAAUGCACAAUGAGUCGUACAAUAAAUUACCUGACAACUAUUGGUCGUAUUUCAUUUUCUUACUACAGGACGGCUUUGCCAAAAAUUUGUUUAAUCAAUGUACGGCCCUUGUGUAUGCCAUCAUCAUUUCAUGAAUCGUUCAUAAAGUAUAGUGUGGGUCGUGAAAAUGCUAAUGCACAUAAUACUAUGGUUAAUGAUCCAAUGUACAGUGAUACUAUAGUAAAUCCUUAUGACUGUAAAGAUUGGCCUAGUGUAACAGAUGAAGAGUUUAAUAAACUAAUCACUCAAAAUUAUCAAUCUAAAUCUGUUGAUGAAAUAUGUGAAGAUUUUUUCAAAAUAAGUAUUUUUGUAUCGGGUAAACAAUUUAGUUUCUUAGACCAGUUAUUUGAUCCAAUUAGAGAGCAGUUAAUUUCAGUUGCUUCACAAUUAUCAGAUGAUCAACUACUAAAAUGUUUAAAACUAUUAUCUUUGUGGAAUGUCAAAAUAGCUAAAGAUCCAGUAUACUUCAAAUUUUGGUCAGCUUUAGAUAAACAAUGCAUAGAACGUUUUAGAAAAUGGUCUUUAAAUAAGACAUUACUAUAUAUGGAUCAUUGGUACAUGGCUAGAAUGGCCCGAAUGAGUAAUUUUGUUUGGAUGGCUGUUAGAAAACUUGCUCGUAAACCAUCAAGAUUAACUCCUAAACAGUUGGUUCAAAUGAUGUUUUAUGCUAAUACUAGUAGAAAAUUUACACAAUCUCUACCUAUGUUUGAUAUUGAACACGAAUUAAAUUCAUAUUUUGAUGACUUUACUAUCAAAGAACUUGGAAUAAUAGCAUUAGGAUUUUUCAAAACACAGACUCCUAUACGCAAUUUAGAAUUAAUUGAUAAAAUAUACUCAGCUGUUCUAUCAAACUUCAACAAUAUUAACAGUAUAGAACUAGCCGCAUUUUUAAAGAUUUUUAGGUACUGCACUAAGCCAAAAAAUUAUGUUUCGAUGCUUAAACUUAUGGAUAGUUUAGUAGAUAAAGUCGACCAAGUAAAUAUUUUGUGCUGUGUUCAUAUUGCAUUACUAGGCACUAAUUUGUUGAUUAAACAUGAUGAACUCUUAAAUAAAAUCUCUCAAAGAAUGGUCAAUGAAAUUUCAGAAACCCGUAUUAAAGAUUUAGAAAGACUAGUAUUGGUAUUAAGUAUGUUAAAUCAUAACCCACAAACAAAACCUUGCAUAUUUGAUGCUGUUGUCAAUGAGUUGAGAAAUACUAAAAGAAAAGAAGAGUUUGAAUGUUUUCCUAGAUCCUAUGUUUAUACCCUAUCAUAUUUAGCAUUAAAUAAAAUUUAUCCCUAUGACUGCAUUUCUAAAUCGUUAACUAGUGAAGCGUUACAUAAGUGUUUUGGAAAAACACUAAACAGGUUUACUAUUUCUCGUGACAUAUUAAGUUUGAAUAAUGGACUUCUUAUUGAGUGUCCUGAUUAUACAGGACCAUUUUUGCCUGUUAAAUUAAAUGAAUCAUGUAAUAAUCACGGAGCAUGGCACAUACCCACAACAACAGAAUCUAAUAAAAUGUCUCAUAGUGAUAAAUUUAUUUCUAAACUGUAUAGAGAACUUUCUUGUAUGUUUAUUGACGAAUCAUUCUUACAUGUAUGUUAUCCAUUACCUCAUCACUCAAAACCAGAUAUGCUCUUUUGUAUUGAUCCAAGUGGUAAACCCAUCGAUUUACCUGAAUCAAUAAAAAGUAGAACUGCUUUUCAUGAAUUUUCUAAACCUCCAAAUAUUGGGAAAUGGUUUGCUAUUGUCCCACUUGUACGAAAUUCUGUUCUUUUUAACAGUUCAGAACCUACUGGCCAAACAUUAUGUAAAAUCAGACAACUAAAAAAAAUUGGUUAUGAGCCAAUUAUGUUUUCUCACAAAGAGUUUUCAAAUGACAUUAAUGUACAUAAUCAAAUCAGAGAAAAACUGAAAUCUUAUGGUGUAGAUGUAUGAAUAUUGAGUUUUACUAUACACCUAUAAAACAACAAUAUAGGUAUAAUAGAUAUUAUGC